UCAUGUUCCAGAGUGACGCGUAGUGAUGACAUAUGUUUCAAUCAAAAUCUGAAGGGGUAACGUAAGAGGUAAACAUUCCUGUGAGUCCAAGCUCUGUGCAUUCACAGGCUUGUUAAACUGCAUUGGUUCCGAUAACAUACGCGUCCCUCCGCGAGAAGUGUUUGUGGUGGCACUCCUCUAACUGAAAAUGGAUUCUGUUAAUAAUGGAUUUGGAAAUGCCUCUGGAAUGACCAGAUCAAUGGAGGGUGCCACUGGUGGAACUCUGCCCCCUGGUCUCACUGAAGAGGAAGCAGAGGAGCUGAAACUAGAACUCUCUAAGGUGGAGGAUGAGAUUCAGACUUUGAGGCAGGUUCUGUCUGCUAAGGAGAGGCAUGCUGGAGACAUAAAGAGACAGCUGGGCAUCAGUCCGCUCAAUGAAAUCAAACAGAACAUCUCAAAGGGAUGGCAGGAUGUCCAGUCAUCCAAUGCCUAUGUGCAAACCAAAGACAAACUCGGACAGUGGAAUGAAAGCGUUACCCACUCAGAUUUUUACCUUACAGCCUCUGCCACUCUGGACGACAUAAGCCGAUCUGACGCGUAUAAGAAGACCCAGGAGACCCUCUCCCAGGCUGGCCAGAUGACCUCUGCAGCACUGUCCACCAUGGGCACGGCCAUCAGCCAGAAAAUUGGAACCAUGAGGGCUCUGCCGUUUAAUAACACACCUAGACUUGGUUACAACGUGCAUCACUCCUUAAGUAUGCCAUCCAUGAGGAGCUCACCUUCAUUCAGGUCCUUGGAAGAGAGGAUGGGAGGCCUGCGGAAAUAAGGACCCAUGUUUCUCCUCACUCCUGAUGAAGAACAAGUUAGCCUGUACCCGGUGACGUGGUGAAGGACGCCCACCAGUGAACACUCUCCUUGAUGACUUCUUAACUGCACUCCUUAAACCAGCUCCUGUGAAUGUACUAAUAAACUUUGUGCAGAAAAGGGGGAAGCACAACGGGACUGUCUCUGAUAAACUAAAAUAUUUAUUUUUCCUCAUUUUUGUACAGUUAACUGUUAAAUACUGCGUAGCCUUAAGAAUCUAAAAUCUAAAAUAUGAAUGCUCAAAUUAGUCAGUGCAGCAGAAAUUCAAAUCUGAUCUCCAAACCUAAUGUGAGAAAUGCUUAAGCUAAGCCAAGAAAACUGAUGAUGGCCCUCUUUGUUAGUAGGAUAUUUCUCUUAAAAAGUCUGAAUUCUGGUUGUUUACUCGUGAUUUAACAUUGGACUUGGUCUCUCGUAUACUUGCAUCUAUUAUCAGUCUGUGUUUUCAUUUAUGUUUGGAAAAGGGUUUAGAACCUUUAUAUAGAUGUAGUUUUACAGUGUUACCAUAUCAGGUUUUUGGCUUGAAUGUUUCGUGAUAAGUGUUACAUAUGAGGCUCUGUACGGAUACCAUUUGUAAUUUCUGUUCUUAAUUUGGAGUAACAGAAUCAGUCUUCAAGGGCAUUUUAAAACAACCAGACUAUUUACGCACUUGCAUACCUGCCACAGAAGUUGAUGAUUUUUGUAGCUUCUGUUAGUUAUUCAGGGUAGAUGGUGCUACUGUCUGUUUUUGGAAUGUAACCUCUUUGGAUUUGAGUGGCAGGGGUUGCUCAGAACGGGCUGUGUAUAAUCUGCAAACCACAUUGUGCACAUGCUCCUUAAAACACUAGUGAUCACUACAUCAAUUUCAGGACUCCUUUAACAGUUAGUUUGCCACUCAUUUUAAAUGUGUGGAUGAGCUGAUAAGUUGUGCUAUGCUGACACUGUGCUGUCGGAAGAGCAAGAUGGAUUACUCUAUGCAAAAACCUGUAAGUCACACUAACUUCAAUGUCUAAAUGCACAUAAGGUUUUUUUUGUUUGUUUUGUUUGUUUUUCGUUUCUUUUGGGGGUGGCAAGAUUGUUUUUGUCAGAAUUUAAGUUUUCUUAUUGUAGACUGUCUUUAGGGUUAUUGCAGAGAAGCUGUAACAUAAUCUCUCAAAAAUGUUUAGGAAUAGAUUAAAUAAUAACUUCAACCGUAGCCUGUAUAGGUGAGGGCAGGUCAUUGGGGGAACAUUUGUGGGAGCUACACUCUGAAUAAGCGUUCAGUUAUAACAGGCCAAGUAUCUGAUAUAAGCUCAGUUGGGUUGUGUCAUGGCUGCUGGGGAUCACAUGUAUUUUAAUUAUUACUCCAUACAGAUGAUUUUUUGACAGAACCUUGACUCAAGUUACAAUGGAUAUUUAUUGCUUUUUGGCUUUUGGUGACUUCAAUAAAGGGUAGAAAACA